AUAUUGUGUUUAUAACAGUGACGCUUUAUACACAAAAGCCAUAUUUUUUUUGUCGCAGAGAGAGAAAGAAGAGGCGAUUUACAGAAGAAAAAAAAAAUGGCGAGUUCUAGUUUGGUGAAGCUCAACGCAUCGUCAUCGUCGUGGAUCGGUCAACAGUCGUUCAAUCAACGACCUGGAUCUUCCUGCAGGUUGCCUGUUUCUAAUCGUCGCCGUGUUUCAGUCGUUCGUGCUACCGGAUCUUACACCGAUGAGCUCAUCAAAACCGCCAAAACUAUUGCAUCUCCUGGAAGGGGAAUCCUCGCCAUUGAUGAAUCAAAUGCAACUGCCGGAAAGAGACUGGCGUCAAUUGGUCUGGACAAUACAGAAGCAAACAGACAAGCUUAUCGUCAACUCUUAUUGACCACUCCUGGCCUAGGUGAUUACAUCUCUGGAUCCAUUCUGUUCGAAGAGACACUUUUUCAGUCCACUACAGAUGGGAAGAAGUUUGUUGACGUCUUGCACGAUCAGAAUAUUGUACCUGGGAUCAAAGUUGACAAGGGUUUGGUUCCCCUACCAGGAUCUAACAAUGAAUCUUGGUGCCAAGGAUUGGAUGGAUUGGCUUCUAGGUCUGCUGAAUACUACAAGCAAGGAGCACGUUUUGCCAAGUGGAGAACAGUUGUUAGCAUUCCUUGUGGUCCUUCUGCUUUGGCUGUAAAAGAAGCAGCUUGGGGUCUUGCUCGAUAUGCUGCCAUCUCUCAGGACAAUGGUUUAGUGCCAAUAGUGGAGCCUGAGAUUCUUCUUGAUGGAGACCACCCAAUUGAACGAACACUUGAAGUUGCCGAACGUGUUUGGGCAGAAGUCUUCUACUACCUGGCAGAAAACAAUGUUGUUUUCGAAGGAAUUUUGCUCAAACCUAGCAUGGUUACUCCUGGUGCUGAACACAAAGAGAAGGCUUCUCCAGAUACCAUUGCUAAAUACACACUUACCAUGCUGAAAAGAAGAGUUCCUCCCGCGGUUCCCGGAAUCAUGUUCCUGUCCGGAGGACAAUCUGAAGUAGAAGCAACACUCAACCUCCACGCAAUGAACCAAAGCCCCAACCCAUGGCAUGUAUCCUUCUCAUACGCACGAGCACUCCAGAACACAGUGCUCAAAACAUGGCAAGGACGUCCUGAGAAUGUAGAUGCUGCGCAGAGGGCACUCUUGAUUCGUGCAAAAGCAAACUCCUUGGCUCAACUCGGAAAAUACUCCGCAGAAGGUGAAAGUGAGGAAGCUAAGAAGGGAAUGUUUGUUAAGGGCUACACUUAUUAAGCACCCUCCGUUUUGAUGCAACCUUUCUUAAAUGUAAUUUUCAGUUUUUAUUGUUUGCUAGAUUUGAAUGCUGAAGAGAGCUUAAUGGACUAAUUGCUCUUUCUUUUUUUUUGAUCUCAAAUUAGUCGUGUACUUGAUUAAUAAGCUACGAGGGGUGAUUCGUCGAAACACAAUCCCAGAAAAUGCCUGGAUUAAUACUUCACAUAAUGUUUAGAAUAACUUGUAUGAUUAUAUUGAGAACUGCUUAAAACGUGUAAUUUUUUUAUUUUCA